AUGUGCUGCCGGCUGAAACCAUGGGACAGCGUCACAAGGAAAUGGCUACGCAAUAUGGUAACACGUGCUGCUCCGCGGCCGGUUGCACAGCUGAAAGAGGAGCUUCCCCGGCAGUUGCUGUUGGACAUGGGCCACCCCUGGAUCUACGACGACGAAGUGCAGAACAUCUCCCAGCUGAAUGGUGUGGCCGCCGGGACGCUGGUAGACAUUUCAGGCCACAAUGGUCGCCCCAUGGGAGUUGGCAUCCUCAACAGGCAAGCUUCCAUCGUGCUGCGUCGUAUGGAGGGUGUAGCCAGUGGUACAGAGGUCACGCAGGAGCUGCUGUCUGCGCGGUUGAAGUCUGCCUUCGCCCAGCGCCAGCGGCGACACGGCGAAGGCGCUGCCUAUUGCCGGGCCUUCAAUGGAGAUCAAGAUGGCUUGCCAGGUGUCCUGGUGGACCGUUUCGGAUCCAGUGCCGUGGUGACCUUCGAAGUCGUUGGUUCAGUGAAGUUGGAACUCUUGGUGCAGGAGGAACUGACACGUUGGAUCGGCAAGUUGAAGCAGCUGACAGUGCAUCGGAUGACCGCCAAGAAGGAAAAAUGGGCCCAGGAGGGCUCUGAGUUCACCACCAGCAUCACUCGUGGCGAUGCAUCCAAGGUCCGCGUGGUGGAACCUUUGGCCUCCUUUGAUGUGGAUGUGCUGCAGGGUUUAGUGCCAGGACAUUGGAACUACAGCCUGGAGGCGCUACGCGCCCCGUUGGCCCAAGCCUUUGGCGCCGGCACCGUCUUGGACGCCUGGGCCCAGUGUGGCCAGUGGGGCCUCCGUUGCGCCGCAGCUAGCGCCCAGGAGGUGGUGCUGCUGGAGGACUCCUUGGGCUUGGCCAAGUUGUGCCGGGAGAAUGCAGCGUUGAAUGGUCUCGAGGAGAAAGUCACGGUGUUGCACCGGGGCGACCUGCACAGUGAGCUGCGGAACAUGGCUGAAAGUGGCAUCCGCUUCAACUGCGUAUCGUUGAACGUCCGCAUCCGCUUCGAACGGUACUUGAAGCACCAGCGGGGUCAAUUCGGACGUUGGUACAAGCCGAGUUUGAAGGGCUAUGAAAGAGCCAUCACGCUAGGAGCCAUGGUGACUUCGCGCAACGGCUAUUUGGUGGUGUCCUUUCUGUUGCCAUUGACCACGGAGUACUGGGCAUUGUGCCUGGUGCAAGGUUGGAAGUAUUGUCUACUGCUCCAGCGGUGCCAGCGAGCCGCGGUCUCAGUGGUGACGGUGACCUCUAAUGGUGCUCCAGAGCUCGAUGCUGGCAGCUCGCGCGGAGAGGCAAGGGGAAAGAUGGCUCGGAAGUGGCAGUGUGCACAAGGCGCAUCUACCGAUGAAUGGUGGAAUAAGGAGCUUGAAGCCCGGCGCGGCCGUCCGAGACCUGCGGAGGAGCCACAAAAAGCUGUGCCCAAACCUUUGAACAGACAAAGUGCUGUGUGGGAACGGCAGGACUGGCAGCAGAGCGCCAGUUCUUUGCAACUCUUCGCGUAUCCUGAAGACCGUCGCACUCCCUGGGCCUCGGUAUCACUGUUCUUGGCCUCAAGUGCUGCUACUAUGGCGGCAGCGGCCUUGUGGCAACAGGUGCGGAGGUCCAAUUCCCUCGAGGAGCUGCAAGAAAAGUUGGAGCAAUUCACAAAGCGUUUAGCUGCUUGCUCAGCCACCUGGCCACUGCAGGUCCAUGAGUUCCACCGCCUCUUCCUGGCCUCUUUGCUGCGUGCCGGGGAGCAGCCGGCCCGGAUCCUGUCGGAUGCAGCCCUGUUGCUGUUUGGGGGGACCUUGUUGGAACGGCUGUAUGGUGCACGGUUUCUGCUGCUGCUUGUUGGCACUACGACCAUCUUGAGCAAUGCAAUGGCUCUGACUGUGCAUCAUUACUAUGUGGGCUCGCAACAUGAAGGUUUGAGCUCCACCAGCGGUGGCUUAGUGGCACUGGGCGCCUUCUGCGCCCUGCGGCAUCCACGCUGGGCGAUUUGGCCAGGUAUUCCGAUCCCAGUCUCUUGGCUCAUGGCCCCUGUGCUGGUUGCAGACUUGUCACUUGCGCGGGCAUACCUUCGAGACUUGUCCUCAUACCGGUUAGCAACUGGCACGGCUGGCACGACUGACACACGAGACAGCAUCGCAGGCUUUCACCGUUCAAUGGCGUUAGCCGCCUGCAUGGCGGUGGAGGAGCGCAAGCGAAGCGAGUGCCGCCCUCUUCCAGAAGAUGUUUUGUCAUGGCGGGCAGACCUGGAAAGGGAAGCUGACCAGGACGUGCUGGCUCCAGAGGUGAAUGAUUGCGACGAACCCACCAGCAUGCUGGGUAAGGCUCUCCGGUGGUUGAAAGCUGAUUGCGAGGGCGACCUUGCGGUGCAUCAGCAGCUGGUUGCCCCCAAUGCUCAGAUGUUUGGUGCAGUCGGGGCGACGGAGGUCUUGGCUUUCAAGAAGAGCUUCUUGAAGAUGGAGAAGAAUUAUGAGGUUGAUGCCAUUCUUGAUGUGGACCUACAUAACCGAGUGGUGGUGGCAUCCUUUGAAUGUCUCAUUCCUGGAAGAGAAGGUCGUGGAACCGAUGUGAUGCAAUUCGAUGAGGAUCUCCAUGUGACCGGCGUGGCGGCCGUCCGACACCAUGAGGUGAAGUCGUGA